UUCUCAUCACUGUCCUAUUCGGUUCCUGGAAGCUAACUUAGCUUGCAUCUACUACCGUACUAUAUAGUAUGUCAAAACAGUGUGCAGUCCUGGGAGGCGUAGUAUUUGACGUCCCACUUAGUGCAUCAGUAUGCGGUUUCAGACGUAGCCUCAUCUGUGGUUCGGACUAGAAGCUUUCGUGGGACUUAAACCGGAAACCAAACUUUUUUUUCCACCUCAAACUUGUUUCGUUGCUGAGUCGAAAAGAGGAAAAAAAAGGGCGAUGAGCAGAAGCAGCACGGCACCGUAAAGAUGCACAGUUCCUUCUUUUUCAUCUCCGCAUCAUGUCGGCUGUGAGAAAGUUGUCAGCAAAUAGAAGUGAAAUAUCCACAUUUGGCCUGAGAUAAAGUGGCCUAAGAGUGUUUUUUCUCUCCUUCACAUAACGGACUCUUAGUGAUUUAUCAUGGGAGAUGAUGUUAAAGAUGAGCCAGCCAAGCCCAAGGAAACAAUAUUCAAAGGCAAAGCAGGCUGGUUGAAGAAGUCCUCAGGGAAGAUCCUGAGCAGCUACAAGGACCGCUACAUCCAGCUGGACAAGACUGAGAUCGCGGUGUAUGAAAAUGAGGACUUAAAGAACUGCUUGGAGCGUCUGGACUUGGAAAACUACGACAAAUGCCACGAAUUACGCAGCCCUUUCAAGAAGAAAUACAGGCUGAUACUGAUACGAGCGCCCAAGAGUACGAGUAAGGUCCCUGACAUCAAACUGCAGGCUCAGAGUCAGGAAGAGAAGGAAGAGUGGAUCAAGGCAUUCAGCGAUGCCAUUAACAAGGCAAAGAACAAAAUCUUUGAUGAGGUGAAAGUAGAUGAAAGCUUAUCUUUAGAUCAUGUGACACGUUCUCGACCGAAAGGAAACCGUAGUAGAAGACCACCAACCAGGAUACACAUGAAGGAGGCUGCAAACAUUUCAUCAGAUGGAAUCUUGAGACUGGAUCUUGACACCUUCGACAAUAUGCCUAAUGGUGACCAUGUCCUAAUGGAUAGUGCUGAUGGAGAAGCCAAAGUGACUCCAGCCAAGUCUCUUGACAACAUUCCAGAGGAACCUGCAGGUGAAGAUACGGCACCUCAGAAGAAAGUAUUGAAGCCUCCAAUGCCUCCUUCAAAAGAGAGCAAACCCAUUGAAAGCGAAGACGAUAGCAAACGUGAGGAACCUGCCCCACAGAAGAAGAUUCUCAUGCCACCAAUGCCACCAUCGAAAGAACAGAAACCAUCUGAAAGUAUAAAAGAAGAGAAAGGAAAUGAGGAGGAGAAAGCGGUGAAGCCACCCAUGCCUCCCUCAAAGGAAAAUAAGCCCAGAAUAAGUGCCAGUGAAGACACUGCCUUAGAGAAUGGUGAGUCUGAAGCAGCCACCACUCCUGACAAGUCCAGUCCAGUUGAAGGUGAAACAGAUGCUCCUGAAACCGUCCAUACUCCCAGCCCACCAGCUAAAGACAAAAAACCCAAACAGGCACUCAGCGUAAGUGAUAAAGAAAUUCUUUCAGAAGAUGAAGGUUUUACCAGUAAGGAAAAUGAGGAAGAUGAGGCAGAUUUGGGUAAGACAGAAGAUAAACCUUGCAUACUCUCGAAUAAUGUCCCGAAGCCCCAAGGAGUGAUGUGGGACUCACCUUCUUCAGCAACAGAGAAAAGUUCUGCUGAUCAAAAUGUUAACAAAUCUGCUCAAAGUGUAGUAACUACAAUAACGUUUGAACCUGCAAAACCUGCCAGUGAACUCAAAUUAACUCCACAUUCAACUCCAGAGGCUGUUAAAAAGAGUGGUGCCCCCCCUGCUCCACCCAAAAAGAAACCUGUUAAACCACCUGUCAAAAUGGUGGACCAAGUUCAGGAUAACCCUGUGGUCUCAGCUGUUGCUACACUUCCUGUUACUGUGUCAUCUUCAGUCGAAAAAGGCUCUGAUAACACGCCGUCAGAGGAAACAAAACCUGCCACUCAUGAACCAAAAGAAGAACGCAAGAUUGUUAUCUUGAGUCUCAGUAAUUCAGGAACAAGUGAGGACCUGGACGAUAAAUCUGGAGUGGAAGCAGAAGUAAAAUCUAUUGACAGCGGUCAGCUCUCUGCUGAAGACUCUGAAAGUAGUGAGCAAGUUACUCCAUCCACGGACAAGCUGCAGAGUAGCCUGGAAGUCUUAGAUGGUGUGACCAGCGAAGAGGAACUGGAGACACCAGACAGCAAGGUCCAGAAAAUUGAAGAUCCACUUUCAGCCAUCAUAACCGUUAAGCUUGAAACCACUAUUGCUGACUCUAGCCCAGUUACUGCAGAAAAUACAAACACCCCUCAGAUCUCCAGCCCUGCUUCAUCACAGAACUGCUCCUUGAAGAAACGGUCUGCAUCCACAGGAGACCUUCUUGAGGAGAUGGUGGGCUUGCAAAGUAAAGUAUCCAUGGAGCUUGAGGAGACUGGAGAGCUGCUGGGUAAAAUAGCACCCAGGGGAUCCCCUGAAGCCGGACAAGACGGCGAGGGGACAACAGACCCAGAGAUCCUUCUUGCUACAGCAAUGGAGAAACUUAAGAAAGCUGACCAGUUCUUAAGAGAAGCCAAGAGUUUUAAAGAGCAGGAGAACAAGAGCAAUAGAACAAGCUGGUAAUUGCAGAAGAUAGCAAUGUUCUAGGGAUAAUAUUGUAAUAAUGGAAUCAUAAACCUUACAAAUGAUCAAGUGCAAUUAUACUCCCCAUUACUUUUUAUACAGAACCACUGCAGAUUAAUUGGACCUUCUAAAACCAGGUACCAUGGAUUUAAAAUAUAGGGAUCCAAUACUGAGUAUUGAUAUCAAACCAACAUUGCUCAGCAAUGCUGGACGAACGAAUCCCUGAAUUAAAUACUUAAACUUGAUUUAUGAGACCAGUUGAUGUACUUGAGAGGGAUUAGGGAAGCUUAAACACAGAUGAUUCUCAGCGGGUGUCAACAUGUACAUUUGUAUACUUUGACGUUGUCUGCACUGGGUUAACAUGACGCUUAUCCUCAUGUCAGUUUUGACAGUAAAGCCUUCCAGCACUGGUAUCCAACUAGCACUUAAAAUUAUCAUUAUGGUAAUUUAACAGAAUGGUGUUGCACUCAGAUGUCCAUGCUGUGUUAUAUCAGCUGUACUACAGUACAGAUUUAUCCACCGUGGAGCAUCUUACCUUAGUGUUCCACACACAAGCACAAAGGCAGGGCCAUAUGAUGAUGAAACUAGUGUCAGGUUACUUGGUCUGUUGCUAAAAAUAAUGCGGUGGCCUUGUUCAGUUUUAUGAUAGAGUACAUGGGAACUAGCAACUUCCUGUCUGAUAUAUCACUCUUGUCUAUUUCACAGUUUAUACAGAGAGCAUCAUGCAAACAUUUAUUUUCAUACUGACAGUGAAAAUGCAGUUUGAAUUCCUCUGCUUAUUUUUUAACGGAGUAGAAAAUCUACCAUUUUAUGCUAACAGCUAUAAUGCUAACUUUUCCAUGGUCUUUUUAAAUGUUCUUUUUUUUUUUUUUAAAGCGUCAGGGCAUGUAUUUUACUUUUUGUUAUUAUCAGUGUUUUUAUAUGUCAGAAAUGCAUUAUAUGACCUAGUUACUCAGUCAUAGAGAUAACCCCCUGUGUUGUAUGACAUUUUGAUUAUGCAUUUUAAUUCAAACAACAUUAUUAGACAUGGGAAUAGAUCAUGUGGUACAGGUCUUUGCCCUGCAUUGAUAGGUGUAGCCUACUCACUAAAACAUUAUCGAAACAAGAACCUGAAGUAUUUCUCUGUGAGCAUCCAAAUAACAUUUCUAGUUACUUUGUAUAGCAAAAUGUUAGCUCAUUAUUUUUAUAAAUGAUUUUUUUUUGUAAAUAACAUGUCUACCAUUGAAUUGCUUAAUAUUUAAGUUAUUAAUAUUCUGGCAUACUGGUUCCUGUCCAUUGAAGAGGAAACAAAAAACUAAUAUCAAAUUUCCUCAGAGAUCCCAAUUUACUGAACUGAUAAGUUAUGUUUACUAUUAAAACUAUAAGAAGAGUUAUGAUUAUAUAUUGUAAUAUAUUAUUUGUCAGUGACUGCAUUUACUAACUGGACUAAUAGGUUUUCUUGAUGUCUUAUGUUUCAUUUGCAAAAAAAAAGAAUUUAACACACUGCUUUGCUAAGCAUGUCUUAAUAAAAACGUCUUCCCUUUA